GCGCGCACCCAAGCAGAAGAGCAAGGGCGGUGGCGGAGGAGGAAGAGUACCCCGGGAAGGGAAGGCUUCGUCCUUCCUAGUCUGCGCACUCUCGCCACUUGGCUCUCAAAAGCUCCAGACUCCGCAGGCCGCUGGGGUCGCGAGGCCUCCGUCGGCUUGCUAGACGUCACACACCGCGCGGGGAGGCUUGGGUCGCUCACCACUGCCGCCGAGGACCCACCACGCGGGAUUGCCAGGAUGUUACACUGAAGGGGUCAGGAGGGUUCAGGAAGAGGAAGCAUGACAACUUCCCCCAUAACCAAAGAAGAGAAGGGAAGGAUGUUAAUUCAUCUUCUCCCGUGAUGUUGGCCUUCAAAUCGUUUCAGCAGGAGCUGGAUGCAAGGCAUGACAAAUAUGAGAGACUAGUGAAGCUCAGCCGAGAUAUAACUGUUGAAAGCAAAAGGACAAUUUUUCUCCUCCAUAGGAUUACAAGUGCACCUGAUGUGGAAGAAAUAUUGACGGAGUCAGAAAUUAAAUUGGAUGGUGUCAGACAAAAAAUAUUACAGGUAGCCCAGGAGCUGUCAGGUGAAGACAUGCAUCAGUUCCAUCGAGCCAUUACUACAGGACUGCAGGAAUAUGUGGAAGCUGUGUCUUUUCAACACUUCAUCAAAACACGGUCAUUAAUCAGUAUGGAUGAAAUUAAUAAACAGUUGAUAUUUACAACAGAGGACAAUGGAAAAGAAAACAAGACCCCCUCCUCUGACACACAGGAUAAGCAGCUGGUCACAUGGAGCCUGAAAGUCACACCUGUUGAUUACCUCCUGGGAGUGGCCGAUUUAACUGGAGAAUUGAUGCGGAUGUGUAUUAACAGUGUGGGGAAUGGGGACAUCGACACCCCGUUUGAAGUCAGCCAGUUUUUACGCCAGGUUUAUGAUGGGUUCUCAUUCAUUGGCAACACAGGGCCUUAUGAGGUUUCUAAGAAGCUGUAUACCUUAAAACAGAGCCUGGCCAAAGUGGAGAAUGCUUGUUAUGCCCUGAAAGUCCGAGGUUCAGAGAUUCCAAAACAUAUGCUGGCAGAUGUGUUUUCAGUUAAAACAGAAAUGAUUGAUCAGGAAGAGGGCAUUUCUUAGAAUAGUAUCACUCUGCUAUUCUUUUAAAAAAUUCCUUAGAGAGACCAGUUUGUAAGACUGUUACUUAGUGUUUCAUUUGAUUUUAUUGUGGCUUUUACUAAAAUGUUUUCAGUUGUACUUGUUUUAAAUUGUAAACAAGCUGUACAUAAAAUGAUCCAAAUGAGUAAUUUUUUAUUCAUGAAAAUUUGCAUACAACUGUUUACAUAUAUGCUUAUUUGAAUUUUUGCUAGCUAACCUUUAUCAUUUAUUGUGUUGUGUGACCAUGCUUCAGAUUGCACUUUCUGCCAUACCCAUUUUAAUUUACUUUGUAUGAGUUUUGGAGUGAUAAUUUUUAGUGGAAGCCAUUGAAGUUGGUGAUUUUGCUAUGUAUAGAAAAGAUUUCUUAAACUUCUGGGCUUGAACUUCUGCUUAAAUUUCUUAGUUAUUUGAUAAGCCUCCAAUAGGUUUAAUCCAUGGAACAGAUAAAAUUAAUAUUUUAAAGUAUAAGUUUUGAAAUAUAGUAAGAAUUCAUAUAAAAUUCUGGUUAAUUUUAGGCCAUUUUGAAUUUAUACGAAACAACCUUCCAGAAAAAUUGACAGAUAUCCCAAUGUUAGUUUCAACGUUUAUGUUUUGUCCUUUAUCACAGAAGAUCUGAUGAGGAAUUAGAGCUAACAGUGUAAUAUUUUCACUUGAUAAAGUUGAGUUGAAUUGUAUAUUUGCACAUACAACUAAAAAGCUUUUAGUGGUGAUAAUUUUUUUUAGCAUAUCUUUUUGGUCAUUAGGCAUGUUUGGAGGCUUUCCUAUUCUAACAUCUGUUAGAAGUUACAUUGAAAUAAUUAUAAUGAAAUUUUGAAAUGCUAAGCUAAUCCAUUAUAAUUAUCCCAUGGUGUUAAUUGAUAAAGUUGCCAAAGAAACAUGCAUUAUGUACAAUUCAGCAAUAAGACAAUGGUAGUCUUUAGUAACCCUUGGAAUUGGGAUUUGCCUACUGAUGUUAGCUACUGAUCAUCACUUGUGAUAUGAAGCAGUUUGAGUGGGAUGUGACUAGCUGACAGCCAGACAUUUGAGUUGGUUUUGUGAGUCCUGAGAAUCCAGAUACUGGAUUUUAUUUUUUGAAAGAUUAUCUCUGUUUGUAAGGGCUGACUCUUUGAAAAUGUUGUUUUUCAAGAACUAUUGCCUAAAGGAAAAUAAAACAUAGACAUGCCUGAUAGGUUGGUUGGUUGGGUUUUUUUGGUGAUGGUGGGUUUUUUAGUUUUCCUAUAACUAUACUGCUGAAUUAUAAUCAGUCUCAUUACAUAUUUUUUGUUUCUUCUACCACUCGAAGUUUUAUAAUGUUAAAAAAGUAAUGAGGGGUUGAUGUUUUACAGAUGUUUAAAACAACUUUUGAAUAAAAUAUUAAAAUACAGAAGUUAAGGUUAUUGUUUUGAUCAUAUUGAGAAAAAACCUGUUAUAGAAAAUUUUUUGGUUGAAAUGGGAAACCUAAUAUAGGCUACCUUUAUAUGGAGAUUUCUUUCUUUCUUUUUUUUUUUCUUGAGACAGGGUCUCACUAUGUAGUUCAAGCUGGCUUUGAACUCACUAUGUAACCCAGGCUUUGUUUGAACUUACAGAGAUCCUUCUGGCUCAGCCUCUCCAGUGCUGGGACUACAAACGUGUGCCAUGGAGUUUUGUUUCUUAAAGUAAGUCCAACGAUGGGCAGGUUUUCUAGGUGGUAAAUCAGGAGGAGCUCAGAGAUGUUAAAGACUCAGAACCUUCCUUUCUUUUCUUUGUCAUUGUCAUGCUCUCCUCAAAUUGAUUCCUUUUGUGAUUUCAGGAUAGUGACUGUUUUUCCGGGCAUCAUGAAGGCACUUUUAACAGAAAGGUAGACUUCCUUAUGCUUCUUUAAGAGUAAAAAACCUUUUCCAUAAGCUCCCAAGAAAGACAUUCCUUCGUAAUUCAUUGGCCCAGACUAGCUAAGAUUCCCAUCUCUCUAAAGCAAUUCCUGGAAAGAAGAAUGAGUUCACCUUAAUACACCAGUUGAUUUGGCUGUGAGGAAAGGGCAAACAGGAGAGACCGAAGCAGGCCAUCAGAGAAAGAAAUGAGUUCUGGGUAGGUGGCCAGCAGUGCCUUGUACAGGUGGGCUGGCACCAUUGCUGUGAGUGCCUUCUACAUGUGAGUCACACCAGCACAGCAGGUGUAGCACAGGAUGGUGGAGAGUCUCCAACUUUGUGGGUAUCUCAGCUUCAAAUUGCUUGAAAUGUUGGCAUUGUCUAUUGUAGUUUUGUUUGUUUAUUUGUUUGUAUUAUAAAAAGAAACUGGUUCUAGGUGACAUGGCAGAUUGCUGACAGAAUUCAGAAAUAAAAUCGAGUUGUUUGUUUCUUUCA